UUGAAGACCGAGAUCGGCACAAUUGCUUUUUCUUACGAAUUUUUUUUUCUGCUCUUUUGAUUGCUUUUAUUUCAGGAAUUUCAGCCUCGUAGCACCUUUUUCACUUGAUCGAUUGUAACCAUUUAACCUUUUUAAUAAAUAAAACCAAGUAGACUGCUGCGGUCCACGGAAAGUCUGUUUUUGGACAUCCUGCACCUCAGGGAGUUAUGUGGAGGAUUUUCCUGACGGUCAGUCUGCUCUGCUGGAGCGCUGACGGCAGAGUGACCUGCAAAAACAACAACAACGCAGAAGUGGACUGGUUCAUCAUCUAUAAGGUACCAGUUACAGACAAAACUACGGGUUUUGAAUAUCUUUACAUAGAUUCAGCUGGGAAGACGACCUCUAAGCCCAUCAACAAUCCUAACGGUGUCCUGGCAAACACCCUGCGGCCCAUUUUUACAACAUCAAUGACGGACAACUUUGCAUUCAUCUCCUACAACGAUCAACCUCCAGGAUGUGAUGCUAUUGCUGAAUUUGGCCACAGUAAAGGAGUUGUGAUGAUGGAUACAACCACAGGAGUCUGGCUCUUACACAGUGUACCACGAUUCCCUUUCAAACGAGAUCAAAAUAAGUUCUACCCUGACAGCGGAGUAAAGAACGCUCAGACGUUUAUCUGUGUAACAUUCAACUACAACACGUUCCAACAGAUAGGUGAACAUCUGCUGGACAUCAAUGCUUUCACAUUUGAUGAUCAUAUUCCAAACAACUUCCAUGAUAGCCUUAAGAAACUUAGGAGGACUGAAAAUAACAACAGGACCCCAAGAGUAAAUCAAGUCAAAAUCAAGGACCUGACAUCAGCAAGAGGAACAUCGUUUCGUAGCAUUGCUAAGAAACAGUAUAAAGAAGGAGAAGAAGCUGAAGACGAUGAAUGUGACGAUGGACCUUCUCCUACAAAAAAACCAAGACCAGGACCUCCUUCUACAACAAAAGCACCCAAAGAAGAAUAUGAAGGAGAUCUUUACCUCACUAUUGCAGAAACAUACACGACUAAUGUGAAAGUCCAGACCUGGUGCAGCAAGAAGGAAGGUUGUUACAGUGGAGAAUAUCAAGUAAUCAGAAUUAAAUCUGUAAAAGCUAAUCUGGGUAACGUGCUGGUUCAGUGGAAGCCUGGUAAAGAUCAUUCCAAGUGGUGUGUAGCUGAAGAUAAUAAUAAUCAUUUGAUCUGUAUUGCUGAUGUAAACAGAGGCCUCAGCCAAUACAAAAGGCCGGGGGGUGCACUGUGCUUUAUACAUCAAGGGGCAAGUGAACUAUUUCAAGAUGUUAUUGCUGAAACUGAGGAGUGCAGUUAGUCCAAAUCCUAACAGGUCCUCUUCCCGUAAGCGUCUCCGUGAAUCUGACUGUGAUGAUGAUUAAUAUUUGAUCAGAUAAAUACGCCUCUCUUUGCCAGCGUACGUCAUUACUGUUUGUUGUGUGCUUCGGUUUGUCAUUUUUUACAUUCCAUUACAUGACAUUUAGCUGACGCUUUUAUCCAGCGACUUCGCUUUUAUCCAAAGCGACUUACAAUUGCUAUAUAUGAGAGAGGU